UUAGCCUUUGCCAUCAUGCCGCUCUCGUUUCUUCUUCCUCCCCUUUCCACCGCUCCUCCACCGCGUGCUCGCCAUGGCGCCCGCCUCCAGCCACCGCGGCCGUGCGCCAGGCGCAGGAUCCUGCGCGUUAGGGCGUCGGGGGAGGCCACGCCGCCACCUUCCAGAACCCAGAUGAUUAUGGAUAAGAUUUCUGGUGGCGAUGAAGUUGGCGGUGCUGGUGGGGCUUACUCAUAUGAGGCGUUGAAAAGACUGGAUCGACUAUGCUCUAGUAUAUGUGAAUCGCAAGUAGACUCCAAUGUCCCUGAAAUUGUUACUCGCGUCCAAGGGCCAUCGCUUGAUUAUGAUCUUGGUUCUGACUCAAAGAUCUUUGAUGUACUAGUGUGUGGAGGCACAUUAGGUAUUUUUAUAGCUACUGCUCUCAGUUAUAAAGGCCUUCGGGUUGGAAUUAUCGAAAGAAACAUAAUCAAAGGGAGGGAACAAGAGUGGAAUAUUUCAAGAAAGGAGCUUAUGGAAAUUGUGCAAAUUGGCAUCCUUUCAGAAGGGGAAGUUGAACAGAUAAUCACAAGUGAUUUCAAUCCCAAUAGAUGUGCAUUUGAGAAUAAGGGCGAAAUUUGGAUGGAGAACAUUCUUCACCUUGGAAUAUCGCCUGCUAAACUUGUUGAGAUCAUGAAAGAGCGCUUCAUUUCUUCAGGAGGAGCAAUUUUUGAGGGAAAAAGUUUGUCAAGCAUUUCGGUUCAUGACGAUCUUGCAGUAUUAAAAUUGAGUGAUGGUGAUUGUUUGCCUUGUCGACUUGUUGUUGAUGCUAUGGGUAAUUUUUCCCCAAUUGUGCGACAGAUCCGCUCCGGUAGAAAACCAGAUGGACUAUGCCUUGUUGUUGGUGCUUGUGCUCGUGGAUUUGAAAAGAAUACAACAAGUGAUGUUAUUUUCAGUAGCUCAUCAGUAAAGAGAGCUGGAAAUUUUGGAGUACAGCUCUUUUGGGAGGCCUUCCCUGCUGGUUCUGGACCCACUGAUCGUACUACGUACAUGUUCACAUAUGUUGAUCCACAAUUUGGGUGCCCAAAGCUAGAAGAACUUUUGGAGAUUUACUGGAAUCUUAUGCCUGGUUACCAGGAUGCGAUCCUUGAAAAUUUGGAUAUAAGGAGAGUCAUAUUUGGGAUUUUCCCAACUUAUCGGGACAGCCCACUGCCAGCUGCAUUUGACCGUAUCUUACAGGUUGGUGAUGCUAGUGGGAUCCAGUCACCUGUUUCUUUUGGAGGUUUUGGAAGCUUGACAAGGCAUCUUGGUCGCUUAUCAAAUGGUGUAUACGAAGCAGUUUCAGAAGAUUUCCUGGAUGCACAUAGUUUGAGGCUGUUAAACCCUUAUAUGCCAAAUUUAAGUGCAUCAUGGUUGUUCCAAAGAGCAAUGUCAACAAGGCCGCAGACAAAUAUUUCACCAACUUUUAUUAAUGAGCUUCUCUUUGCUAAUUUUCAGUCGAUGCAGAAACUUGGGAAUUCAGUACUUCGGCCAUUUCUCCAGGAUGUAAUUCAAUUCGGACCUCUGGUGAAAACACUGGGCCUAGUAAUGAUCAGUCGGCCACAAAUUCUGCCUUCCAUAUUUAAGCAGGUUGGACUUGGAGUUAUCCUUAACUGGUCAAGCCAUUUUGCGAUGCUUGGUUACUACACAUUCCUUUCCAGCUUUAUCGAUCCUGCUGUUAGGCCUUGGGUUGAAUCUUUGCCACCAAGGAACAAAUAUCAGUGGAAGCGAUAUCUUGAAGCAUGGCAGUAUGGAGCUGGCUUAGACUAUCGUCAAGAGGAAUAAAGCUUCAAAAACGAAUUCUAUACUUCCUCUGGAAAAACAAUUAUGUCAAUACAGAUGAAAGAUUGUAGAGCAGAUACAACUAAAAGUCAAUGCAACACUUGUAUAUUUGUUUAUAUAUUUUCUGGCAAGCUUAUUCCCAAUAUAAAAGAAUGUAAUUUUCAGCAAAGAUACAGUUCUUACCUGAAGUGAAUAUCUUAUAAAAGAAGGCAAAGACUGAUGUGAACA